AUGGAGGUCGAUGGCGCGGCGCCGCGCGGCAGGGGCGGGGGCGGGGAGCCGCCCCGCAUCAGGCGGCUGGAGGAGUCGAUGGUGGACCGCAUCGCCGCGGGGCAGGUGAUCCAGCGCCCGUCGGCGGCGGUGAAGGAGCUCGUCGAGAACAGCAUAUACGCCGGUUCCUCCACCAUCUCCGUCACCGUCAAGGACGGCGACCUCAAGCUCAUCCAGGUCUCAGACGACGGCGAUGGCAUCCGGGAGCUGCCAUUCCAUGGACAAAUGAGCGCACGACUCCAUUAA